AUGGAGGCAGCACCCAAAAACAUCCUCCGCGGACAUAAAUCCCAAGUCCACUCGGCCAUAUUCAUCAGGAACAAUACACGACUUGCCACCGGAGAUGCAGAUGGGUACGUGGUCCUGUGGGAUCUGACCAUCGCCAGACCUAGGGCCGUGUGGAGAGCUCACGGGGGUGGAAUAUUGGGUAUACGAGGGUGGGGAGACAGGAUUAUAACACAUGGCCGUGAUCACAAGUUGAUAGUAUGGCAACUAGGCGAAGAGGAUGAAAAGAGACUCAGCGUAUCACUACCCCUGGAGGGUACGACGUCGUCAAAACAGUCAGAGCACAGGCCAGACCCUUGGAUUCUGCACAUUGACAUAUUCUCGCUCCCCUCUCAAUCGCGAAUCCACACAGUCAAGGAUACGAGCAAACGAGACACGGGAAUGGCCAUGAGCAUCAGCCUACUCAACCUCGAGGGACAGAUUACCCUCAUUGCCGCCUUUGAAAACGGCCACGUCUCUGUGCGGAGACUACUGGAUACUCGGGAUCAAGACGGCGGCAACAGCUCGCAGCAAUGGGUCACGACAUACCGCACCCAGGCGCAUAGCCAGCCCAUCCUGUCUCUCGACGUACAUCCGACGCUCGAGUACUUCAUCUCCUCCGGUGCAGACGCCAUCAUAGCCAAGCAUCCCAUCCCGACGAGACAGCAGGAACAUAUCAUCCUUUCCCAGGACCAGGAUCAGAAUCAGAGACAACACUUCGACCCGGACAACCGCGUCGUCCAAGAAGUCGAUGAUGAAGAAGUGGAGAGGGCGACGACGACGACGACGACGACACUGAAAGAGUGGGAACAUCCCCUCAAGACAGUCAAUACAAGACACUCGGGUCAGCAGAGCCUUCGUAUACGAUCCGACGGCAAGAUCUUUGCUACGGCCGGCUGGGAUACCAGGGUCAGGGUGUACUCUUGCAAGACUAUGAGGGAACUUGCUGUGCUGUCGUGGCAUCGAGUCGGUUGUUAUGCUGUUGCUUUGGCGGGUGUUGAGGGGGCUGCGGCAGAAGCUGGAGCGGCUGCAGCAGGUACAGGAACGGGAACAGCAGUGUCUAGGAUCGGAGUGACUACCAGCGUCAAAGAUAGAAGGAUACAUCAGGCUAAGACGGCACAUUGGGUUGCGGUGGGGGACAAGGAUGGGAGGUAA